UUUCACUACCAUGAUAUUUACUGUAGAGGUUCUGCUAAAAAUUGAGCUCAGCAUAUAAACCCUAAACCCUUAAAAGGCUUCACAUCGUCGACUCUAAAGCCUGGCCUUAAAGAAGACAAUGGCUCUGGCUGCGAUUAUCCGCAAAUCGGCGUCCAAUUUGGCUCCGCUAGUGAGUCGAAUCGUUCGAAUAGGUCACAGAAACUACCUUUCUGCCCUCUCCCCCCCAGUAAAUCACCAUGCCAGUUUUUCUCACAGCAGACCCCACGCUGUUCUACAAUACUAUUCUACGGCUAGUGAUGCUAAGAAGCAGAGUUCGACUGAGUUCCUUCUCCGAGUCAUUGAAUCCGAGAUCAAGGUAGCCCAGGAAACUGAUGAUCACGACCGGGUUGAAGAGUUUCCAAAAGAGUUCCCUUUCAAGAUUGAUGAUAAUGCAGGGCAACAAACUGUAAUUCUUACAAGAGAAUAUGAAGGUGAACUUGUGACAGUGGAUGUUCACAUGCCUGAUCUUGUUACUGGGGAAGGAAAUGAAAUUGAUGAUGACACUGAUGAUAUUCAGAAGCCAACUCAAUCUAGCAUCCCAUUGGUUGUUACUGUCUCUAAAAGGAGCGGAAAUUCUCUAGAGUUCCACUGUGUUGCUUACCCUGACGAGAUUGCAAUUGACAGUUUAUCAGUUAAAAAUCUAGAAACUCAAGAAGAUCAAGUUGCGUAUGAAGGGCCUAACUUUCAGGAUUUGGAUGAGAAAUUGAGGAAGGCUUUCCACAAGUAUCUGGAGAUUAGAGGAAUAAAGCCCAGCACAACCAACUUCCUGCAUGAGUACAUGAUCAACAAAGACAGUCGAGAAUUCUUGGGGUGGUUGAAGAACCUUAAGAAGUUCAUUGAAGCAUAAACCUUUUGGGACCAAUUUCUUCCAUGGGUACGUAAUUGACGGAGUCAAGAUUUGUGGGAGCAGGUGAAGAACCUCAAGGAAUUCACAGAAGCAUAAAUCAUUUUGCCCUACAAAAGAAAAUGUCAUGCUAACUAGCUUUUUGUGGCCUUCACCCAUCACCACCUUGUAGAAUUCUACUGGUAGCAUCCUAUCAUAAAUUCAUAUUUUUUAUACUUACUUCGUGAAGUGGACAACUCUGUUUUAGAAAGUUCAUUGUAAAACUCCAAGAAGGCAAGAACAAGUGUUAAAAUGACUUAUGUCUUGGGAAGUAUUUGUUGCAUUGCUCAGGCAUAAAUACUCUUACAAAUUACUAGUCUAUUAAACUGGUUUUAUUGGUUUUCCAUUUUCA